GCCUGACUGUGGCGAACUGCCACAGCAGGAAAACCGUAAUAAAUGAAAUAUCGUGAAGAAUCGUUCAUGCAAGUGCAUAGAACUUCCAUUAAAUGAAAGGGAUUGAGGAAAUUUUGUUUGGUCAUAUGUAUGCUCUGGAUUUUAUUUGAAAAGCAUUAUCUUGUCACAUCUAUCUGUCGUUUCCAUAUUUUGUAUUAAUUUAAAUUGUAUAGACAGUGUGGGUCGUGUGUGUGUUUUAAAUAUUAUGCCGCGAUCGAUCAGCCUCGACUAUGAAGCUCAGAACGCUCUUCUUGCAUUGAACUGCGCGGACGAUUUUGACAGGUUUGGGAAAGCAACAUCGGACCUGCUGAAAUCUGUGCUGCCAUGCAUAAUAAAGCAAGUUGGCUUUGUACUGAAUCCAUUUUCCGAUGGACUGCAAUCUACGUCAUUUGGUGAACAUGACAAAGAAACUUUUUUCAGCGGGAAUUUACAAAACAGGCUUUGGCUGAGUCCUGGUUUAGAACUCGAUGAUCCCUUAGUGAAAUUAAUGCCUGAAGCUCUAAAGCCACUCAGUUCUGGAAACUAUGUUUAUUUCUGGCCAGUGAAUGGAAGAACGGACAAAGUGGUUGUUCUACACAUGAUGCUGACGUCCAGGAAAUUGUCCGACGAAGAAGAAUCACAACUUGAGUUCUUUGAAAAACAGAUUAGCACAAGCUACCAAAACUUGCUGCGACAUUUUCCAAAUGCCGAGCAAAAAUAUUUUAAAUUAUUAGGUGGAAUGUACGAAAAAAGUUUUGCCCUCCUGUCUGAAAGAAUUAUCCGAUACCUUCAAGAGGUCACCCAAGCAUCUUCAGGGCUUAUUUUGGCCGUUGACUCUGCUUCCGACGAACUUUAUCACAAAGUAAAACGAACGAGCGGUGUUUUGGUUGAAAAUAGGUUUGAGCUAACCGGUACAUUCUUCGAGAACGUUGUCAAGAGUGGAUCCAAAAUCAAUGUAAAUGGUACAACAUCCGUUUCACUAUGUCGUGAGAAAAUAAUCAGUACGUUAACAGACGUCCCUGUAAAGUCUCUUUUGUGUAUUCCAAUCAUUCAUACAAAAAGUCAAAAGACUUUUUGUGUAGUUUGCCUUUUCAAUGAAAAAACAAGCGGAAGUUUUUCUCAGGCGAAAGAAGAAAUUGUUCGCUCAACGUGUGAUUAUUUCAAUGCACAAAUUUUCAAUGCCUUAGAAUGGGAGAAGGAGCUUGUUUACCGUCGGCAACAGGAGCAUUUGUUGAAUGUCGCGAAGAAUUUAUUUAUUCACCUUGAUGACGUAACUGUGCUGCUAACUGAGAUCUUACAAGAGGCCAGGAAUUUAACUCAAGCUGAGAUUGGUUCAUUAUUUCUUGUGGACAAAGAGCGACAGGAACUGGUUUCGAAAGUAUUUUUCAAUCAUCGUGGACAGGAAAUUGGAGAGAAAGAGGAGACCAGGGAAGUAAGAGUACCGCUCGGACAAGGUAUCUCUGGACAUGUUGCAAAAACUGGAGUAAUGUUAAACAUCAAAGAUGCAUACUCUCAUCCUUUAUUUUGUCGGGACGUCGACAGAGAAACAGGUUUUAAGACGAGAAAUAUACUUUGCUUCCCCAUCAGAGAUGAAAAAGAGGUGAUUGGUGUCGGACAACUGGUUAACAAAAUUAACGGUCCAGCUUUUACCCGUUUUGACGAGGAUUUAACGAAAGCGUUUGCCAUCUUUUGUGGAAUCAGUAUUUGUCAUAGUCUGUUGUACAAAAAAGUGAUGGACGCUCAAAAUCGGGACAAGAUCACGAAUGAGCUGAUGAUUUAUCAUAUGAAGGUACAGGUUACGUCAAAAGACGUCCAGUACUAUUCUUCAGAAAGGAUUCUUAAACCUCAGGAAGUAGAUAAAGAUUUUCAUCAUAUCCUCUUCCGACCGAGGCUAACGCCAAAUUUGGAGUUUGUUAAGGCUUGCAUGAGCAUGUUUGAAGACAUGGAUCUCAUUAGGAAAUGGAAAAUUUCAUACGAAACAUUAAUCAGAUUUAUCCUAAUGAUUAAGAAAGGUUAUAGAGAUCUACCUUAUCACAAUUGGACGCACGCAUUUACAGUCAGUCAUUUCUGUUAUUUACUCUACAAAAAUCUGCAACAAAUCGAUAGCUUUAGCGAUAUGGAGAUUCUUUCGCUGUUUGUAUCAUGUCUCUGUCACGACCUGGACCACCGAGGAACGAAUAAUGCUUUUCAAGUGUCUUACAAUUCAGUCCUUGCUGCCUUGUAUAGUUCGGAGGGAUCGGUAAUGGAGAGACACCACUUCGCGCAGACGUGUUGCAUAUUAAACACAGAAGGAUGUAAUAUAUUUGAAAAUCUGACUGGAAAAGAAUAUCACGAAAUAAUGGAUUUAACAAGAAAAAUUAUAUUAGCUACGGACUUAUCACAUCACUUCAAAAUAUUAAAAGAUUUAAAAAAACUUGCUCGGCUUGGUUUCAGUCCAUCUGAUCAGACUCAGAGGGAACUUCUGUUGUAUCUCAUGAUGACGUCAUGUGAUUUAUCUGACCAAGUGAAACCGUUUGAUUCCGCAAGUGCAGCAGCGGACCUCGUUUAUGCAGAAUUCUUUUCUCAAGGAGAUCUGGAAAAGGCAAUGGGUAAUAAACCUUCAGAAAUGAUGGACCGCGAACGAGCGUGCAUCCCAAAGCUACAGAUUGAUUUUAUUGAUAGUGUCGUAUACCCAACGUACAGAUUACUCGCAGAAAUUUUUCCCGAAACGGAGGUGCUAUGUACGGUAAUUGAUGAAAAUAAGGAACAAUGGAAGGAGAUCGAAGCAAGCGGGGAAUAUCGGAAAUUUGAAGUCCCUUCAACGUACAGCGCUCCACUGUCUCCGUUACCGCAGUUAGAGAAAUGCAAAAUUGAACGAAAAUUGAAUGCAUUACAGCACUCUACGUGUCGGGAUGAUGAAUCGAAAAAAUACUUCAAUAUCUCAUGGCAACAGACGAAUGGAGAACGUGAAUGAAAAACUAGUACUUGAGAGACUUUCAAUUCCGCUUCACGAGUCAUGGAAGCGGUGUUUAAUAAUGUUGUCGUGGAAACAGUCACGUUGCAGUUAUAAGGUCGCGCUCGCUAAAGUACUACUACUGCAUACGUGGCGUUAUUUUUGGUUAUAAAUGCUUCGUUUUAACAUCGACAACUAUAUUGCUUCUGCAAGUUAAAUCGGCAGCGUAGUUGAAUUCUGUUUCGACCAAUAAUCUUGCAUUUCGAUGUACAACCUCUGCUUAAGCUCUGUGCAUUUUGUCGUCACUAUAAAUAAUUUCUCGCCCGUACAGAAUGGUUUCUUCCAAAACGAUAUAAUGGCUAUAAAGGUACAAUUUAAAUUCAGGGCUAAUGUUGUAAAAGGGGUCGGUUGUAUAAAACUCUUGUUGACUAUAUUUUGAACAGUUGAGUAGCAGCUUUACUUCACGAUUCUGAUAAGCCAUCUUAUAACUAUAACUAUAACUAUAACUAUAACUAUAACUAUAUAUAGCUGGAAGGCUGUAUAUAUUUCGCAUUGUUCUCGAUCCAUAUAGAGGCGUUGAUCGUCCGCAAAACCAAAUUAAACAUUCCUUAUUUCGCUAUGCAAAUUUAAGAAUUAAUUGAAUAUCUUAUCGGCGCACGAUUCCAAUUGAGAGUUUUAAUUUCUACACAUGAAAACAUGCACUAUUGAAGCAAAAUGUAUAUAUAUUCAUAUUGUUCAGCAUUGUUGUAUAUAUUGUAUACGUUUAGUUUAAUGCCUCUGUAGUACAUUACUGUUG